AUGGCAAGAAUUGCUAUGAUUUUUAACAACGUACAUUCGCCCAAAAUCCACAAAGCCAGGAAGGACCAAAAGAAACUAAACGAAUGGGUCUGGCAACGACAGGAUUCCGCUUACUAUAUCUUCAUGCCUGUAGCUGAAACGGACAGAUUCAUGCAGUGCUGCCACAUCACCAAGACCGAGCACAAAGGAAAGAACAUCACUAUCUUCGGAAGAAACCUCUUGCAUGACAUGAAAAACUGUACAACAACCUAUGCCAACUGGCGAAAAGAUAUCCGAAUUCCGGAGGACUCCGAGGUCUCAGUGACAACUUUUGUCGACAAACUUUCCGUGGCUGUAUCCAUUAGUAAAAUUACUCUGCAAUAA